AUGGCUACAAAGCUCAAAAAGUAUCUGGUGGUUGGUGUAGGAGAAUUAGGAUUAGAUAAGUUAUUUAGAAUCCCAAGUAAUGGGUACUAUGGGAAUCAGCAAGUGCCAAUACCUGAGCAGCAGGUAAAUAAAUUAACCAUGAGUAAAACCAGUAUAGAACACCAAAAAAAGAUCAUGGAAAGGCAAUUACAACUAGCCAACGAGUAUCGGAAACCCAUUUCGUUGCAUUGUGUAAAAGCACCAGGUCCAUUAUUUGAAAUUGUAAAACUGGGGGAAUAUCAACAGAUCCCCAGUAUAAUUUUACAUUCCUACACGGGAUCGAUUCAACAAGCUGAACAAUGGAUCAAGCAGUAUAAGACAUCACCGCAAAGGUUAUUUUUUCUGAUGUCGGAUUACAUUAAUGGAACCGAGAACAAGUCUGAUUUACUACAUGGGUUAAUGGAGGUGGUUGACGAUGAGCAAAUAUUGGUUGAGACUGAUUUCGGAAUCGACCAAUUUUUCACAAACGGUAAGCAAGAAGAGUAUAUAGGGUAUUUGAACGAUAUCUUCAAUAAGAUCUGUGAGGCGAGAAACUGGGAUAGAGCUCAUGCUGGCCUGGUGUUGGAUCGAAAUUUGCAAGCAUCGCUAGGUUUAUAG